AUGACAACAACUAUAUUUGUAGCAGGUGCAAGUGGUUAUAUUGGUAAACAUAUUGUGUAUCAAUUACUAGAAAAGGGUUAUCGAGUAAUUGGAUCGGUUCGUACUGAAGAAAAGGGUGAUAGACUCAAGACAUUGUUUGAAAAUGAUAACUUUAAUUAUGUUGUGGUCGAAGAAGCAGAAGCUAAGGGUGCAUUUGAUGAGGCAUUGAAGUCACAUCCAGAGACUGAAGUUUUUAUUGAUACUGCUAGUCCAUUACCGCUUGGUGUCAAUUAUGAAAAACAAUUGAUCAAACGUACUGCUAAUGGUGUCAAGAAUAUCUUAACAUCAAUUAAGGACCAUGGACCUAAUAUCAGAAGAGUGGUAUUAACAAGUUCCAUCGCCUCUUGUAUGAAUGAACAACAAAGCAAAGAUCCUAAUUUUAUUGUCGAUGAAACAAAAUGGAAUCCAGACAAGCAUAGCUCUGCCAAAGAAAAUCCGAAAACGGCUUAUUUUUAUGCCAAAGCAGCUGCUGAACACGAAGCUUGGGACUUUGUCAAAAAGAAACCUCCUUUCAGUUUGACAACAAUUCUUCCAGCUUAUACAUUUGGUCCUCAAUGUUUUGAUGAAGAUGUGUCUGAUCUUCUCGAAACUUCGGUUGAAAUUGUAACCAAGAUUUUUGAGUUGAACAAGAAUGAUCCUAUUCCUGAUGAAAAGGGGUUGUUUGUCGAUGUUAGGGAUGUUGCUUCUGCCCAUAUUCAAGCAUUUGAAAAGGAUGAAGCUCAAAAUAAACGUUUGAUGUUGGUUUCAGAAGAUUUUUCAGCACAAGAAAUUGUUGAUAUUUUGAAUCAAAUGUAUCCUGGGGCUCAAUUACCUACUGGUCAUCCUGGAGAUAAACCUAAUUACAAAUUUGACAACACUCAGACCCAAAAGAUUUUGGACUUACGUUGUCGCUCAUUACAAUCAAGUAUAAAAGAUGAUUAUGACCAAUAUUUAAGAACCCAUGGUAUCAUUUCAUAA